UUUUUAAUUGUUUUUAAUCAUUUUUUUUUCUUUCUUUCACUUAUCGAAGGUGGGGGAAGGGACAGGCACUUGCGCAGAAAAUAGAAAAAAUAAAAAGAAAAGAGGGAGAGAAUUCAAGGUUUUUUCAGCUUUGUUAAUGGCGGUUAGGGUUUUCAAUUGAUCCCCUCCAAAAGGAACCUUAAUCCCUCACGCAUAAUAUUUCAGUUCCCGCGCUUUCUCUUUCUUGUCGUUUCCGAAAAUCCCUAAUUCUAGGUUCCCCGAGCCUCUCAAUUUAACUUCGAUUUUUCAGUCUCUACGAUUCCUAGUGGUUAUUUGGGAUUCGAAAAUUUUGAAACCGGAGGGCGAGAAGCUGCGAUGGGCACUCAAGAGAAAUCUCAAGGCAACGCCAAUUCGAUGCAGCGAGUAAAGGUCUAUCGUUUGAAUGAGGAUGGUAAAUGGGAUGAUCAAGGAACCGGGCAUGUCACUGUUGAUUAUUUGGAGAUGAAAAUGUGUUCUUCCUUUUACAUGAAUGCAUAUGUUAUAAUUCAGAGAUCGGAAGAGCUGGCUUUGUUUGUUUUUGAUGAAGAAGACAAUGAGACAUUGCUUUUGCACCGCAUCAGCCCUGAUGACAUUUAUAGAAAGCAAGAAGACACAAUCAUAUCAUGGAGAGAUUCGGAAUAUUCUACAGAAUUAGCACUUAGUUUUCAGGAGAACACAGGAUGCUCUUACAUAUGGGACCACAUCUGUAAUGUGCAAAGAAAUAUGCAUUUCAGUUCUCUUAACAAUGAGACAUUUCAUACAAUGCAUAGUGAGUUGAGGGAGUUGCCAGCUGUGGAGCUAUCCACCCUCCCCAUAAUCCUCAAGACUGUGACUGAGAGUGGCCUUGCUGAUCAGAUGCGGCUGACAGAACUUAUAUUAAAUGAUCUAGAUUUCUUCCAGAAGCUGAUGGAGCUAUUUAGAAUCUGUGAAGACUUGGAAAAUAUAGAUGGUCUUCACGUGAUAUUUAAAAUAGUCAAGGGGAUAAUUUUGCUCAAUAGUCCUCAAGUUUUGGAGAAAAUAUUUGGGGAUGAAUUAAUCAUGGAUAUUAUUGGUUCCCUUGAAUAUGAUCCUGAUUUUCCUCAGGCGCAACACUAUAGGAAUUUUCUAAAAGAACAUGUUAUUUUUAAGGAGGUCAUUCCAAUUAAAAAUCUGAUGGUCCUGUCAAAGAUACACCAGACAUACCGAGUUGGUUAUCUGAAGGAUGUUGUUUUGGCAAGGGUAUUGGAUGAGGCCACGGUUGCCAGUCUCAAUUCUAUAAUUCAUUCAAAUAAUGCUUUUGUUAUUUCUUUAUUGAAGGAUGACAGCACCUUUAUUCAGGAAUUGUUUGCAAGGUUGAGAUCACCUACCACAUCUGCUGAAUCAAAGAAAAAUUUGGUAUAUUUCUUGCUUGAAUUUUGUAGUUUAAGCAAGAGCCUGCAGAUGGUGCAGCAGCUUCGACUAUUUAGGGAUCUUGCGAAUGAAGGUAUCUUUGAUAUUAUCACUGAUGCUCUGCAGAGUCAAGAUAAAAAGCUUGUACUAACUGGGACAGACAUCCUCAUUCUGUUCUUGAAUCAGGAUCCAAACCUUCUGCGCUCUUAUGUUGUUCACCAGGAAGGAGUUCCACUUUUAGGGCUUCUGGUUAAAGGGAUGAUAACAGAUUUUGGAGAAGAUAUGCACUGCCAGUUUCUUGAAAUUAUUCGUAGUUUACUGGAUUCAUUCACAUUGUCAGGAGCUCAGAAAGAUACAAUUAUUGAUAUUUUUUAUGAGAAGCAUUUGGGCCAGCUAAUUGAUGUCAUAAUAUUAUCAUGUCCUUCUGAUGGGGCUGGCCAGUCAACCAGUAAAUUGGCAGGCAUUGCGGGAAGAGUUGAAAGUGAAAAUAGGACAAAGCCUGAAAUUCUGUCAAACAUAUGUGAAUUGCUGUGCUUUUGUGUUGUGAAUCAUCCUUAUAGAAUAAAGUGUAAUUUUCUUCUUAACAACGUUAUAGACAAAGUUUUGUUACUUACACAGAGAAGGGAAAAAUACCUAGUAGUUGCUGCAGUUCGCUUUGUUCGCACUAUUCUCUCUCGUCAUGAUGAACAUCUGAUAAGUCAUUUUGUCAAGAACAAUCUUCUCAAACCAGUUGCAGAUGCUUUUGUUGCUAAUGGAAAUCGUUACAAUUUGCUGAACUCUGCGGUCUUAGAACUUUUUGAAUAUAUCCGCAAGGAAAACCUGAAAUUAUUGGUUAAAUAUAUAGUUGAUUCAUUUUGGAAUCAGUUGGUUAAGUUUGAGUAUUUGGCUUCUGUUCACUCUUUGAAAGUUAAAUACGAGCAGUGCCUGGAAAAUUGUGGAACUAAAAUGAAUGUUAAUGCACUGGACCCCAGAAAACGAAUUGAUGAGCGUGCUCUGGAGAAAGAGGAGGAAGACUAUUUUAACGAGGACAGUGAUGAAGACGAUACAACAUCUGCAUCCCAUACUCAGAAAGUGCAAUCUCAGCCUGUUUUUUCCAAUGGAGUUGCUGUGAGCCACCCGUCAUUAAGCCCAAGAUCUGGCGGACUUGUUGACUAUGAUGAUGAUGAGGAUGAUGAAGACUACAGACCACCUCCCAGGAAGCAGACUGAAACCUCGGAGGAGGAUGAAGGAACCAUGGAGUCCCUUAGGUUGAAGCGUAAGUUGACUAAGGAAAGGGAACCUGAGCUAGCUAAGAAGCAGCGUUUGUGUAAAAGCUCUAAAUCAAGAGAUAGUGUAUUUGCGGUUUUGUGUUCAACCCUAAGCCAAGCAGUGCUUCCUAGUAAGAAAACUGCAAAUGCCAUUCAUUUAUCUACUCGGUCAGCUGAGGUGAACUUAGGUGAGGCAAAUCAUCUGGAGAAGGAAUCUGGCAGUCCCAGAAGUUCUGAUAACAAUAGUACAGAAGGGGACAACCUUAGAGAGAAGGAAUCUCCUAGACACUGUUCAGAGUGCUUGCAUAGCCCCUCAGACAAUAGACAAUUAAGUGGAGACGACUGUCCGUUGAUACCGCCAACAUCCUCAGCUGAAAUGGCUGUAAAUGGAUCGUAAGUUAUUACGCAGACUCAAUGUGCGCAGGGUAACUUGUUUUCUUGUUUGUGAAUGUGCUUGGUGACUAAACAGUCUUGGGCAACCAAAGACAAAGUGGACUACAAAAAAGAAUUGGAUGCGGAGAAAGUCAGAAAGUGGAUGAAUGGUUUGUCGGAGGGGAUGAUCAUGUAUAUUGCGCCUGUGGGCAUGAAGAAAUUGUACUCAAUUAUGCGGCCCAGUCAGUCUACCAGGCCUUUCUGAUGCUUUGAGCUGAGCUAGGAAUUUCUUCUUUGAGCCGCUCCGACUGUUGCAUCUGUAAAAACAUUACCUUUUUGUCUAAUUUUUCCCUUUAAAAAAAAAUGUGUUCUUGUCCUGUUUAGCUUUGUGAACCAACUGAUAGAUUUUGGGCAUUAAUAUUUGCCCUGAAUAGUAUCAGGGUCCCUUUGUUGUUCAGUUUUGUGGUGGGAGAGAGAGAGAGAGAGGGUUUAGGAUGAUGGUUAUAAGGCCAAAUUUUCUUAAUUGUAACUGAAACCACCUGUAAAUUAGAACUUGGUGUUACGCAACUUCAAUUAAAUCAGCAAAACUCAAAAUUUAUUCCAAAUUUAUGCCUAACUUUGGCAAGUUAUUACUUCAUUCUCUCUUCGUUGUCUGGUUUAGCUUGUUCUUGCUGUUAUUCCUCCUUUUAUCAUCUUCAUGUUUUUAGUCCGAUCGUAAAUCAAAGAACAAAGAACAUCGAGCUUGGCCAGGGGUACCCACUGAAAGAGACUGGCGAAAAAAUGGCGAAAAAUGGAUCAAGAGAAUCGCCACCAGGUCCGCAA